AGAGAGAGAGAGAGAGUUCCUUGACUCUGACUUACUCCAGUAUGGCGAUAUCACACAGAGCCGGUCUGUCGUUACACCGGAGAUCUCGUGAAUGAAUCGUGACUCAACUGCACUGAAUCAUCGGAUACAAUGAUACAAUCUAACGAGAAUCCACAGGCUGAGAUGAGAGUCUGAUUUUGGGAGGGUUUUAACGGUAUCACAGCGGCGGAAAUUCGCUCCGGAUGAUAGAGGACAGGUGGAAAGGGAAUGUCAUGGCCGACAGGAAGCAGAUCUUUACAGAUAUGAAGACACAGAAUUAUGACACCAUCCGGCUGUCUACGUACCGCACCGCCUGCAAGCUCAGAUUCAUUCAGAAGAAAUGCAACCUGCAUCUGGUGGAUGUGUGGAACAUGAUCGAGGCGUUUCGUGACAACGGUCUGAACACGCUGGACGUCUGCACCGAGAUCAGUGUGGCUCGGCUGGAGACCAUCAUCACCUGCAUCUACCAGCAGCUAAACAAACGGCUGCCCACCACACACCAGAUCAACGUCCAGCACAACACCAGCCUGCUGCUCAACUUCAUGCUGGCGGCACACAACAGUGAUGCUCAGGGAAGGCUGAUGGUGUUUUCAGUGAAAGUGAUGCUCUCAGUGCUGUGUGGAGGGAAACUGGUUGAUAAACUUCGCUAUAUUUUCUCUCAGAUAUCAGAUACACAUGGUGCGAUGGUGAUGUCCAGGUUUGACCACUUCCUGCAGGAGGGGCUGAAGCUGCCCACUGCCGUGUUUGAGGGGCCGUCGUUCGGCUACAUGGAUCACUUUGCCAGAUCCUGCUUUCCUCAACAAAAGAAGGUGAUGCUGAACAUGUUUCUGGAUACUCUGAUGUCAGAUUCUCCUCCUCAGUGUCUCAUUUGGCUUCCUCUGCUGCAUCGGCUGGCAAACGUGGAGAAUGUCCAUCAUCGGGUGGCGUGUUCUUUCUGUCGGUCGGAGGGCAUGACGGGAUUCCGUUAUCGCUGUAAGCAGUGCUUUAACUAUCAGCUGUGCCAGAACUGUUUUUGGCAAGGCCAUGCAAGUGGAAACCACAACAACCAGCACGAGAUGAAGGAGCAUUCGUCCUGGAAAUCUCCAGCUAAGAAGCUGGGUCGUGCCAUCAGUAAAACCUUUGGCUGUGUGCCGAGCAGAGAGCCGUCCCACCCCGUCUACCCAGAAUACCCCGAGAAACCCCUCAACCUGUCCAAUAUAGUUCCUCCCCGUCCAAUAGGAAACAUGAAUGAACCAGUUCUGCCCCCGUCUGCAGGCCCCAGCCCCACGAAGAGACCGCCGACCUUAGCCACUGCUCAGCGUAUGAAUGAGGAGCACGCUCUGAUCGCGGCGUAUGUGAACAAGCUCCAGAGCAGCCCACGUACGUUAGAUAGUCCUAGCCGAACAGAUGAAGAGCACAAACUCAUCGCUCGUUACGCCUCUCGUCUGGCCACAGAUCCUGGACACACAGGAAGACCUUCAGACUUCAGCUACAACAUGAACAAACAGCAGAGAGAACUGAUCCUGCAGCUGGAGAACAAGAACAGGGAGAUUUUGCAGGAGAUCCAGCGUUUGCGAGCGGAGCAUGAACAGGCAUGUCAGCCGACUCCAGAGAGAGUCCAACAAAACCCGACCCUGCUGGCAGAACUCAGACAGCUCAGGCAGAGGAAGGAUGAGCUGGAGCAGAGGAUGUCGUCUCUUCAGGAGAGCAGGAGAGAGCUCAUGGUGCAGCUGGAAGGACUCAUGAAACUACUGAAGGAUGAGGAGCAGAGACAAGCUACUCAAGCCGCUGGCUCCUCCCCCGGCCACGCCUCCCCUCGUUCUGUGCCGAUGCCCAUUCGUUCUCCUUCCUCGGGCUCCACCCCCACAUACGCAGGCCACACCCCCACCCAUGGGCCACAGGACUCUCUAGCUGGAGUGGGUGGAGAUGUUCAGGAAGCAUUUGCUCAGGGACCUCGCAGAAACCUGCGAAAUGAUCUCCUAGUGGCAGCAGACUCCAUCACAAACACCGUCUCGUCACUGGUCAAAGAGCUCAACUCAGUAGAAGAUGGAGGAGAGGAGGAAGAGAGACUGCUGCAGAAUGGCAAAGACAGAGGUUAAACCAAAUAUGAAGCAAGCCGUGCCAUGUGUGGCGUCACUAUGCAAACGCAUCAUCACCACAAAGACAAUGACCUCUGAACCCAGACUCAGCCAAUCAGAGAGAGUUCAGGGAUUUGAGUUCCUGUGGGUUGCUUGAGAAGGAAAAUGUUUUGUUGUUUUCAGUGUUUUUUAUGCUUCUUUGUUUUGAGAGAGAGUUGUCGUUUUAAGGGGUCUGUGUCGCAGACCUGCUAAUUUGACUAGCUAUGCUCGUUUGAUUUUGUAGCUGAUUUUGUUCAAGUUUGAAAGCUUUUGAAAGACAGAUGUGUCGAGAACAAGACUGAGGUGGGAACGGAAUGCAAUAGAAAGUGAUGCAUGAUUGAAGGACAAGUGUGAUGAGUUGAUUGGCUGGCUGAGGUAUGUGGGCGUGGUUUGUUCGAUGUGGGUGUGGUCAUGUUGAAUUCAAAAACACAGUUGCUGCAAAUGCGGUAUAGUAUAAAUGACCUUCUAAAGGAACUAAAUUAAAGAAGUGUCCAGUUCAGUACUGUAAUUUAUAUUCGAUUCACAUUUUUAUUUAUUUUCAGCAGGCGGACCGCAUAUUAGCAGUGUACAUUUGAGGAAAUAUUUUCAAAUAUUUGAUUUCAGAUUUUCAAGUCCAAUAAAGCAUUUGCAUAUAUUUAAGAACAAAUUGAUUUAGUUUUAUAGAUUUUUGAACAGGUACUUUAAUAAAGAGGCAGAUUAUGAACUGUGCUCCUAUUUCUGGAGUUUUACCCAUUGUUAAUUUUGAAGCAGUGUUUGUAGUCAAUGUUUCCUGUGAACGGACAUUUUUUAGUUACAAACAUUGCACACACACGUCUGAUCUGCUGUGUUUUUCUGGAGGUGUGUGUGUGUGUAUUUGUGUGCCUCUCUAUAGUUGUGUGUCUGUGCAAAGCUGGAAUGUAAAUCAAAUUGAUGCCUUCAUUUAAUUUUAAUCUUCGAUAUCUGCCAAAAAUGACUUGUUGAUUUAGUUUGUUUGAAGUCUUUCAUCUUGUUAUUUACUCGUAUAAAAUUUUGCUGUGUUUUUAGUUCGUGCCAAAUCCAUUCUUGGACACAUCUGUUUCUAGACCUCUGUGUCGUAUGAUUCUAUCUGCGGUACACAAGGCUUAAUGACAUCACUUCCUGUGAGUUCUUCUGUGAAAGCUGGCUGGUUUGGUGGAUGUGAUCAUUACAGUGCCGGUAACUGCAAUGUUUCGCUUUUUCCACCAAACUAAUUUUUCAUAUUUUUUAAGAAGCAAAUUUUGCAAAAAUGAGGCUGUGAUUUUAACGCAUGUGAUUUAAUGUGAGGGUUUGUUGUGUUCAGAAUAAAUGAUAUUAUAAUAAAAACUAAAAA